AAAACCCGGUUCACUCGGCGUGACCAAUAUACCCUUUUGUACUCCGACUAGUCUCAUCAUGUAUGUCUCAACAACGCUAUAAACCCAAAACUCAAUUUGGCCCAAAUUUAGGAACGAAUCACAGAACAGAACAAAGACGGCAAAGUAAAAAAAACAUGGCGGAGGAACCUAUUACCACCACCACCACUCUCGUUACACCGGAAAAGCAACCAUCAUCAGAAGCAUCUGACUCUACUCACGAAGUCCUACCAAAAGAAACCGAAGCUCCGAAGAGUGUGACUGAGACUGAUCUACCGGAGACGGCGGAAGCCACCACCAAGCCGGAAGAGCAUCAUCCGCCGACGGUGACAGAAACAGAAACUGCGUCGACGGAGAAAAAAGAGCUCGGAGAAGCAUCGAAGAAGGAAGUAGCUGAAGAAAAAAAGAGCAUGAUUCCACUGAAUCUUGGUUCAUUCAAAGAAGAAAGCAGCAAACUUUCCGAUCUAUCGGAAUCCGAGAAGAAGUCACUCGACGAACUGAAACGUCUCGUGCGAGAUGCUUUAGACAAUCACCAAUUCGGCUCAACCCCUAAACCCGAAGACGCCGCUAACACCACCACCACGCCAGAAGAAGUCAAGAUUUGGGGAAUCCCGUUGCUGGAAGACGAUAGAAGCGACGUCGUUCUGCUGAAGUUCCUAAGAGCUAGGGAUUUCAAAGUGAAAGACUCGUUGGCUAUGCUCAAGAACACGAUUAAGUGGAGGAGAGAGUUCAAGAUCGACGAACUUGUUGAGGAAGAUCUCGUGGAUGAUCUUGACAAGGUUGUGUUUAUGCAUGGACAUGACCGAGAAGGUCACCCUGUGUGUUAUAAUGUCUAUGGUGAGUUUCAGAAUAAGGAGCUUUACAACAAGACGUUUUCUGAUGAGGAGAAGAGGAAACAUUUCUUGAGGACUAGGAUUCAGUUCUUGGAGAGGAGUAUUAGGAAGCUUGAUUUUAGCUCUGGUGGGGUUUCUACUAUUUUUCAGGUUAAUGAUAUGAAGAACUCACCUGGAUUAGGGAAGAAAGAGCUUAGAUCGGCUACUAAGCAAGCUGUUGAGUUGCUUCAAGACAAUUACCCUGAGUUUGUCUUCAAACAGGCUUUUAUCAAUGUUCCUUGGUGGUACCUUGUGUUUUACACUGUGAUUGGUCCGUUCAUGACACCACGAUCAAAGAGCAAGCUAGUGUUUUCUGGUCCUUCACGUUCUGCUGAAACCCUUUUCAAAUAUAUUUCACCCGAGCAAGUUCCAGUACAGUACGGAGGAUUGAGUGUAGAUCCUUGCGACUGUAAUCCAGACUUUUCUUUGGAAGAUGCAGCUUCAGAGAUCACUGUUAAGCCCGGAACAAAACAAACUGUGGAGAUCAUAAUCUACGAGAAAUGUGAACUUGUGUGGGAGAUAAGGGUAAUUGGAUGGGAAGUAAGCUACAAGGCAGAGUUUGUGCCAGAAGAGAAAGAUGCUUACACGGUGGUUAUACAAAAACCUAGGAAGAUGAGACCAUCCGAUGAACCGGUGUUAACCCAUAGCUUCAAAGUGAACGAGCUUGGUAAGGUUUUACUCACAGUAGACAACCCAACCUCUAAAAAGAAGAAGCUCGUUUACAGGUUCAAUGUCAAACCUCUCUAAAUCUUUCCAAACUUCUUUUUUACUUUACAAAAAAUGUGGUUUCUAGACUUUUGUUUUUCUUUAAACAGAAGUGAGAUACGUCUUAUUUGUGGUUGUUGUAUAUGUGAGAGUGUUUGCUUUGUCAUCAUAUCGUGUAAUUUAUGUGUGGUUUAUAAUACAAUGGAGCUUCUGCAUCUUUUGCUCUUGUAA